AUGGACCCUGGACACAACAAUCCGGAUGGAACGAGUAUCUGGUCGUUCUACUGGAGCAUGCUGUAUCACCACAUGUGUGCUACUUUCGGCAGGACAAAUGCUCUUCUUCGCUCCUAUGAGCCUUUGGUCUUAAUUGCCGUGACACUAUCGGGUCUCUUCUCAGUAAACCUUUUGCUAGCUCUCCUUGGCCGCCUUGAGCAACCGAGGAACUGGAAGGCUCUACUCUUUCGCUUUGUUACCUGUUUGCCAAAAAUCAAAUCAAUCAAAGAGAAGAAACUGCUGGAGGUGAAGAAGUCUAUUUUUGAAUCCGUCCACGGUAAAAAUCCACAACUGCCUUAUCGCCAGGCUCUGCCUCCUAAACCGAUGUCAGCCGACGCCAUAAAGUCUACGGCACGCGGCCUGUCCUCGGGUUCGGCCGUCGAUUGGAGGUCUGGUCGAAUGUCCGGGACCGUGUAUCCGGCCAACGAGGAGCUCAGUCAACUCCUCAUACAGGCACGUUCU